AGAAGAGGAGGUUGGGAUUUUAUGUUGGACCUAACAUGUAUUACCCAGACGCUAAUCAGGAUAGACUACGUGAUAUGGAAUGGAGACAAGACCCAUCGAGAUUACAAGAUUGAUCCGGCAGCUCUCGUGCAUAUAAAAUAAUAAUAUAAAAACGUUGGGGGGAAAGAAGGAGAUGAGUCGUUGAUGGCUUUCCCCACUUUAUCGUGGCAACAGGUUCGAGUUGUCAACUUCAUCUUGGGACUCCUGGGUGUGUUACUACUGCAGGGUGUGAUAGAUGUGCAAGGAAGAAACUUAUUUAAUGCAGGUAACCGUGUUUUGAAUCCAAAAGACGAUGUGGAGAUCCAGAGCAAACUUCUAUCAAUGCUUCUGCACAAAAGCUUAGUUCCAAUUGAAAAGAAUGACCCUCCAGGUCUUGAAUUGGUCGAUAAAUUGGCAGAUUUAGAAGAGUUGGAGGCAUUGAGGGAUGAUCUGGAACUGGAGAAGGAAAUAGCAGUCAAUUUGGCGGACAAACCAAGGAAGAGGGGAGAACCUUGUUUCUGGAAGUACUGUGUGUAAGACGGGACUCCUGGGGGAUGAGGACCACUGUGAAUUCUUGCUGCAAAUCCCAACAUAGCCUUAAGAAGCCACAACACUACUUAUUUGAACACUGUUAAUUUCAGCAGUACAGACCAUCAAAUAACCAGCAUCAUCAAAACUUUGUCACUUCGAGUUGUUUUCAUCAAGGACUAUAUUGUGUACAUCAUCUGUUACUCUCAGAAAAUACUUGACCAAGACAAACUCAACAGGGUUAUCA